ACUCAUAUGUUUUAUAACGCUAAGCGCCUAUUUAUUGCUUUGAAUUUAUAUUGCACUGCGAGCCACAGAGUGAUCACGCGUUAGUGAGUGCUUAGUUCGUUUGUUCUUUGGAUCUACAUCCGUAUUAUGUAGAUUUACAGUCUCAUAAUAUAUUCAUUACGGUCAUGGGCAAAGCUGUAAACACAAAGGUGAAGAAAGAUGAAGACUUCAUCCCACCGGAUGGAGGUUGGGGUUGGAUGAUUGUCAUCGCAGCUGGAUUUUCAAACUUAUCGACGCUCCCCAUGCUGCAACAGUUCGGGCUACUCUUCCGCGACAAGUUCUCCCGGCUCGGCAUCAGCAGCUCGGAGACCACCACCAUCAUCAACAUGAACUCCGCGCUGACCUCUUGCGUCGGGUUGGCAAACGGACCAGUAUUCAAGACUUUUAGCUAUCGUCAAGUUUCAUUGGCAGGAACAAUCGUUGUAUUUAUUUCUUUGUUAUGUACAACGUUAUCGUAUAAUUUUUCCACAUAUCUAAUAGCCUUUUCCAUAUACGGUGCUGGAUAUGGUAUAAGUAGCUCGGCCAAUGCUCUAGCUCUCAACACUUAUUGGAAAAAUAGGAGAAGGCUAGCCACUGGUUUGUCAUGGACAACAACAGGUCUUGGACCAAUAAUAUGGCCGCAAAUAAUAACUGCGCUAUUUGCUUUUUUCGGCGAAACAGGGGCUAUACUCAUUAUAAGUGGCUUUUCACUACAUGCGAUUGCAUGUGCACUUUUAUUGCAACCAGUAGAGUGGCAUACGAAAUCUCCAAGUUCAAAGGAACAAGAUGAAGAGAAAUUAUUAACCCCAGAUAAAACAGCAUCUAGUCCUAAUCCUAAUCUAAAUGAUAAGAAAAACGAAGAUAGCGGAUACUUUAGUCAAGUGUCGAAAUUCAAAAAUCUUAGUUUGUUUUCAAGUCAAUACCUCUAUAACGAGGAUGAUCCUGUCACUCCAGGCUACGAAAUAACAGAUCCAGGUAUACCUAUGAUGGUGAGAGCUAAUGAUGGAUACUUUAGCCAGUCGAGACAAUCACGAAGUAGGCUAUCUUCUAGAGAUGGUUCUACAAAAACGUCUCGCCUGAACUCUAAAAAGCCUUCAAUGUCAAAUUUACUAGAGAAUCGAUCACGGAAAUCAUCAACCUUAUACUUAAAUGAAUCUAAAAAAAAUUCUUCAGCUAACUUAGGUGCUCUUGGUCAGGAACGUGAUACAAAACAAACAAGUAAAUCAAAACGUAAAACAUCAAUUACACUUGAUAGCCAAAUCCCCGAAUCAGAAAUAGAAGAUUGCCCAACUCUGAAAGCACCUCAAGAUUUAAAAGCCGAAGAAAAAGCUGCAGUAGAAACAAUUGACCCCCUUAAAGCAAAAUACAUUGCCGAUAGAGCAGAAAAACAUUUAGCAGGAACAAAAAGUAUCAAAUCCUUUAAAAUGGAUGGCCAAUAUAGUGAAAAAUACAAUAAAGACAAUCACAGCAACAUUUCUUUUAAAGAUGAUAUAGAUGAACGAAAAUAUUUGAAAGACAAUCACAGUAAUCAGUCCUAUAGAACAACAAGACAGAGACGUAAAUCUAACAACUUUAAUUAUGAGAGCGAAGUUCUUAAACAAGCUUCUUUAAAAUUAGAAGAAUAUUUAAAAGAAAGGGAAGAUAAAGAUGACAAACUAAAACUUCUAAUGAACAGUCCAUUAGAUGAUAACGUAUUCGAUGAGACGCAGGAAGAUAAAUGUGAAAACGAAAACGAAGAAAGAGAAUUAACUUUUUGUGAAAAAGUUGCAAUGUUUUUCGACUUGGAUCUUCUGAAAGAUUUCACAUUUAUUAAUCUAAUGUUGGGAAUAACUUUAGCCAACUUUAAUGAAUUAAAUUUUUCAAUAUUGACGCCUUUUAUCCUUGGCGAUUAUGGAUUGUCGAAGUCACAAGUAGCAUUUUUUAUGUCUCUUUUAGCUGGAGUAGAUAUUUGCGUUAGAUUUUGCGUACCAUUCGUUGCUGGCAAGAUUGGUUGGGAUAAUAAUUCCUUCUUCCUAUUUGGAGUGUUAUCUAUGGCAACAGGAAGAGUAGUGUUAGCCUAUUGGCAGGAUUAUAGUGUUGUACUGAUGGUAGCAGUAAUUAUAGGUUUUGGAAAAGGUCUACGAACAGUUUUUAUGGCGCUGGUAAUUCCUACUCAUGUGCCUCUCCAUAAACUGCCUGGAGCUUCUGGUAUACAGUUAUUAACUGCUGGAAUUCUUUACCUCGCCCUAGGGCCCGUAGUAGGUUGGAUAAAAGAUAGUGCAUCUCCUGCGGUAACAUUGCACUGUCUAAAUAUUUUCACGUGGCUCACAGCGAUAUCUUGGGGUCUAGAAAAAUACAUCACUUCAAGAAAACUUAAAGACAAAAUAGAAAGUGACCCGAUCAAAGCAUUUUCGCUCGUCACGAUGUCUGCAAUGAAUAAAGUGCCACCUGAUGGUGGGUAUGGAUGGGUCGUCACUUUCGCCUACGCCUUGAAUAAUGUAGUGGUACUUCCUCUAAUUUCUGCAUUCGGAUUAGUAUUCCAAGAGGCUUUCGAUGAUACGGGUCUAAGCGCAACCCAGGGGACCCUUGUGAUUAUUUUAAACCAUGGGCUUGGGAUGCUUCUAUCGUUUUUUGGCGGUCCCGUUCUACGUCGAUUUGGGUACAGAAAAGUGGCGGUUACCGGCGCUUUAUUAAUUACAACCGGCCUCAUUUUGACCGCAUUCUCGACCAAUUUCUGGCUAUUUAUAAUCUCCUACAGUAUUAUUAAUUCUAUGGGUGUAGCGGCAGUAAUGGCAGCAUUUUCAUUAGCUAUAAACUCUUUCUUUAGAGAGAAAAGAGGACGUGCAAUAGGUGUUGGCAUGUCAAUCACAGGGCUUGGAGCCAUCUACAUGCCUCUAGUAAUGAGUGUACUUAUUUAUAACUAUGGCUGGAGAUACGCCGUCUUAAUAUUAGCUGCCAUCUGCCUUCACUCUCUUAUGGCAGCUUGUUUACUCAGACCUGCUAAAUGGUACUUAAAAGAUCCAGUAAUUUCUGAAGAAGCAGUUCCGCUAAAUAAAGCUGAUAUUGAGCUUGUAAAUGGUAGUGUUACAACGUUGGCUAAGCUCACAGAUACUCAAUCAAAUCCUAAAUUGGAAGAAUCGAUUGAAAAUGGCAUACCAUCACCCAAAAGUGUUUCUAUGAGAUCUCUUGCAAUAGCUAAUGGACUGCAAGCAAGGAAUGCAAUUUCGCACCCUGAUAUUCGGAAGAACUCACCUGAUCCUCCUUUAGCUGAAUCGAAAUAUAAGUGGUGGGAAUCUCAAGAAAUAAAUUUGGGUAGUUCCAUAAAUAUAUUUAAUGAAAGAGAUAUACCUAAUAGAAAAGAAAAAGUAGAAGAUAAACCUGAUUUUGAUGGAAAAUCAAAAAGCUUGUUUCAGAAAUUUGUGGAAUUUUUUGACUUGACGUUGUUAAGAGACCCGAUAUUCGUAAAUAUUUUAAUCGGGUUAUCAUUAGCAUCCUGUGUUGAGACAAACUUCUCCCUUCUACUGCCGAUAAUACUGAAAGAUAUGUUGCAAUUUGAGACGGCUGAUAUUGCAAAGAUCAUGGCUGUGAUUGGAUUUUCCGAUACAGUUUUCCGAUUUGUAUCACCUUUCAUAGGUGAAUGGUGUCAUAAACCACCUCGAGUCAUGUAUCUGGUGAGCUUGAUCAUAAUCAUCUUUAUAAGAACAAUAAUGUUAUUUACAACAACAUUCACUGAAAUGCUGUUUGUGGCUCUAGCAAUGGGUGUCACUAAGGGCGUGAGGACAGUAUACAUGAACAUCAUCAUACCAAGUUACGUGCCCUUAGAACGGUUGCCCUUUGCAUCUGGUAUUCAGAUGUUUCUCAAUGGAAUCAUUAUUAUCACCAUUGGAUCUCUUUUAGGUCGAGUACGAGACUUCUCCGGUUCCUACCAAAUACCUAUUACCAUUCUCAAUGUGGUUACUAUGCUGACUGUUAUUUCGUGGAGCGCGGAAUUUCUCUAUUUCAGGAUACAGAAGAAGAAAAACGUACCAACGUCUGAAUGAAUUAUUUAUUAAUUUGUAAAGUUAAAUUUUUAUUUUAGAGGGUCUUUGGUAAAUGACGUCAUUAAAUACUCAACCAGAGGAAGUAAUUUCUUUUAUUAAGAUUUUGGUACACAUAAAUUAAUUAUCAUGUAAAAAUGUAAAUGGUGCUUAAGAAAAUAGAAAAAUUCGAAAAAUAUUUUUUUACUCGUCAUUAAUUAACCUGAAAAGUCUGGAGUUAGUAAUACCGAUAAAAUUAUGUCUGGAAUAUUUUUACAGCAAAUAAUAAGGAACAACAUAGUAGAUUGCUGUAAAUUGCUUGGAACAUUUCCUGUUUUCCCAAAAUUUCCGAAGCACCAAAAUUGGUGUCAAGAAUUGGGUUUUUCACAAAUAUUUACCAUGGUGAUGCCACUGAGGUCCCAUUAAGGAGCCUGCGUUAUAUAAACAAUAAGAAAAAAAAAUGUUAGAUGAUUAAGAGUGAUUCAGACGUGUAACUUUGAGAUACAGACGGUGGCAUGUGAUUUCGAAAUCCAAAAAUCAGGAAGUGACUAUAUUUAGAUAGAGAUAAGGUAAGUAAACACAAAAUUGUACAUGUACAGUAGCUAAAUUCGGAUCACAUUUUGUGGUGAUUUUGUAGGCACGUAACAGACCUAUUUAGUAAAAUAUCGGUUGAUACGAGUAUAAUCAUAUCUAUCUUCUCAAAAUAGAUUAAUUAGUAUAACUGGUAGUCACACCACCAGUAUACAUGUCCAUAAAUCGUUUGCGAUAGCAGUAUGUAGCCGUAUCCUCGCUAUCUCUCUAUAUUAGCACGUAAAGAUUAUCGGUUAUUGAUUACUAAUGUUCGGUUGGUAUAUAUGUAAUUAUUUUUUCUUUUUCCUUUUUAAAAUCGCAUAUUUCAUGUUUAUUUAUACUCCAAAGCUCGAAUUUUAAAAUCUUUAAAAUUCGAGCUUUGGAGUUCAAGCAAUCAAAUUUUCAACAUUCUAACGGUAUUUCUACAACAUUUAUCGGUAUUUCUAACGCCAGACUUUUCUGAUUAGUUAAUGGCAAAUAGACGUGAACAUAAAUAUUUUUGGAAUUUCUCUAUAGAGUAUUGAUAAUCUAAUUGUAUAUUUUAGUCACAAACGAAAGACCCUCUAAUAGUUUUAGUUAGGAUGAACAAAUUUUAACACUAAAACAAUUACAUAAUAAAAGUAUAUUAUUCGUCGUAAUUAUUAACAUUAUUAUUAUAUACAAUUGUGUUCAUAAUGUAAAUAUCAAUUACGUAUACAAUUCUUAAGUCCUAAAUUUAAUUAACUAUUUACAAUACAUUUUUAUUUACAUUCUUGUUAUUUAUUUGUAAUAAAUGUAAAUAAGUACACCUAAUAUGUUUUGUGGUUAAUUACAUUUUGGAUACCAAAUAGCAAUAACCUUAUUUAUUAACAUACAGUUACCUAUACCUAAUAUUG